AUGUCUAAUAAGGAAACGAAAACUAUUCCAAAUGGCCUUAAAUUUGCUUUUGGUGGUUCGGCAGGGAUGCUGGCCACGAUGUUUGUACAACCUUUAGAUUUAAUAAAAAAUAGAAUGCAAUUAAGUAAAACCAAAGAAUAUAAAACGUCUUUUCAUGCUUUCCAAGGCAUUGUGGCUAAAGAAGGAUUUUUUGCGUUAUACAAUGGAAUCUCGGCAGGUCUCCUUAGACAAGCUACGUACACCACUACCCGAUUAGGUAUAUACACCUGGCUCUUCGAUCAGAUGAAAUCGCCUGAUGGUAAACCACCUGGAUUUUUCGCAAAAGCUGCAAUCGGUAUGGCUUCUGGUGUAUGCGGAGCUUUUGUUGGUACCCCCGCCGAGGUAGCGCUGAUUCGAAUGACCGCCGAUGGUCGUUUACCACCGAACGAACGGAGAAACUACAAACACGUGCUCGACGCUUUAAUGAGAAUUUACAAGGAGGAAGGACUAUUAACGCUUUGGAGAGGCGCCAUACCCACCAUGGGUAGAGCUAUGGUUGUCAAUGCUGCACAGUUGGCUAGUUAUUCGCAAGCCAAACAAAUUUUGGUGGAAAAUUUGAACCUUAACGAAGGAAUAUUCCUUCACUUCAUUGCAUCCAUGAUAUCCGGGCUUAUCACCACUGCUGCGUCCAUGCCCGUCGAUAUUGCCAAAACCAGGAUCCAGAAUAUGAAAACGAUAAACGGAAAACCGGAAUAUUCGGGACCAAUCCACGUCUUAGCGUCCGUCGUCAAAAACGAGGGCUUGUUUGCCUUAUGGAAAGGGUUCGCUCCAUAUUACUUCCGCCUGGGGCCCCACACAGUUCUCACCUUUAUUUUCUUGGAACAGAUGAAUGCAGCAUACUACCAAUAUGUUCUUGGCGAAAAAGGGAAGGGUGGGCUUUAAAUUAAUUUUUAUACCUAUGUACAGUCGAUCGUUUGAUGGUGAGAUGCAACCAUAUGCAAUGCCAAAUAGUUAAUCAUUUAAUAUUUUUAGCGCGAUACAUAAAUAUUUUCCUUAUUAUUUUCUGCUAAAAGUGUCUGGGGCUAGCAAGAAAUUUUGUCAUUUUUAGAAACUCCUAUUUUGUCAAUUUUCAAUUAUUUUUCUACACUUUAUUAUACACCCCUGCUAUUUUACUUAAUUCAAAGAUAUACUUCAAGUGAAUUUCUUUAAUAUUAGUGAGAAAUCCUCACGAAUAUGAAUUAUUUUUAGAACAAUUUUACAAGUUAUAUACUUUUAAAUUGUUGGUACAAUUUAAUGGUACGUUUUUAUUACAAUGUUUUUCAUACUUGUACAUAUUUUAUUUUUUAUUAAUUGCUGUUAUGUGUUAUUUCGAUGUAUAUGAUUGAAUUGUAAUAAUCAUCUUAUACUGUGAUAAACAUGAUAAAUCUUCAGUGUACAUAGGAAUUUGUAAGGUAUUAUAAUGAACUUUUUUCGUUUUUGAAAAUGAUAUGUAUACACUAAGAGAACAUUGAGGAAUAUUUAUAAUACCAAUUUGAAGAAUCAUUGUAUAUUUCCUCCUUGAAAAGUAAUAAAAGUUUUGUUUUCUAA